AUGCCGGUUACAGAGACUGUCACAAUCAUCAAUAAUUCGGGGAAGAUCAUCAGCACGGGUAAGCAUCUAUUUGGGCUUUUCAAGGACGCCAAAGUUGCCUACCAGGAGAAAAAGGCUGCACUCAAGCCUCAGGCGCCCGUGCCGGGCAUCAAGCGGGCGCAAACCAUCGAUGUCGUCUCACGGGGUCCGCCGGCUGGUGUAGCCGGCAACCCGGCUAUGGCAGCUGGGCCUGGGCCAGGCUACUAUCCCGGAUAUCCCCAGUAUGGCGACCACGUCUACGAGGCCCAAACUAUCUAUGAGUAUCCGCAACACCAUGCGCCGCCGCCACAUCAGCGCCGGCAUAUUGAGGCGGCCGAAGGCACAGAAGGCCGGCGAAGAUCACUAGAUGACACAGCAAGCCGCGCCUCGUCCCACCGAUCACACAGGACUCAUCGGAGCAGUCGUACCAGCAAGCAGGAAGGCACAAGGUCGGCCCGCCCACCGCUGACGGCCUCCAACCUACGCACUCUUUCGGAAGUGUCAUCCACGGCACCCACUGUUACCCCCAAGGCCUACCGCCAACCUUACGCGGAGACUGCCAUGGUAUCGCGGCCGAACCUGGCUCAUGCAAACACGAUGCCAGUCGGCGAGGCGGCCGAAUACUACGCCAUGGCCGCGCAGCAGCCAUCCGCCACCCCAUCGCUGCCGCGACCUGCCUCGGAAACGGACCUCAAGCUGAAGAAGAAGAAGUCGAUCGACAUGAACCUUGCCUACGGCAACAUCCCGCCGGAUCUCGAGUCGAGGACCGCCCUGGACAAGCACAUGUCCACGGACAAGGAAGCCGAGGCCAAGUCGCUCAUGCAGCGGAUCGAGGCGAUGUUGGUCGAGGCCCAGUGCCUUCAGUCCUCGGCGACGACCAUAAUUGCCAAACUACAGAGUAACCCCGAGGCGGCCGCGGCAGUCGCCCUGACGCUGGCCGAGUUGAGUGCUCUGCUCUCCAAAAUGAGCCCGGCGUUCCUCAGCGUGGUGCAGGGUGGCGCACCUGCAAUUUGGGCGCUUCUCGCAAGCCCACAGUUCUUAAUUGCUGCGGGUGCAGCUGUCGGAGUCACGAUUGUCAUGUUUGGCGGCUGGAAGAUCAUCAAACGCAUGCAGCAGCCCACAGCACCGGCGCUGGAGGCCCCGAUCGAGAUGGAGGGCGCUCCCGGCCCGGAGAUGCAGGCUUAUCCCCAGCAAUUCGCUCCCUACCCCGGGCACCCAUAUAAUCCGGCCGAUCCGCACAUGAUGAGCGGCGCCGGUGGUGGCCCUGGAUACUACUACGGUAGUGGCGGCAUGUAUGCACAGCGCGGCGCCGAGGGUGGCACGGUGACGGGAAGCAUGGACGAGGCGCUCGUGCUGGAGGAGGAGCUCAGUACGAUCGAGACGUGGCGACGAGGCAUCUCGGCGUAUGGCGACGACGAGAGCGUCGACUUGGAGCUCAUCAGCCCUGAGGCGAUGCGAUCCACCUUAAAGGUAGACGACGACGCCAUGUCCCGGCGGACCGUCAAGACCCACAAGAGUCACAAGAGCCGCAAGCACCGCGAUGAGGACACACCCGAGAGGAAGAGCAGUCGAAGCAAGGACAAGGACGACGAAGCGUCCGAGUCCGGCCGGAGCAGGAGGCACCACAAACACCGGGAUGGUGACGAGGCUAGCGAGGCAGGAAGUCACCGCAGCCACAGGCAUCACCACCGGGACAAAGACCGGGAUGAUCAGAGCGAGGCGGGCAGUCACCGGAGCAGCGGCAGCCACAGGUCAUCGCGAUCCAAGAGGCAUGACGUCAAGUCCGAGGUCAAAACCAUCGAGUACAACAAGGACGAGGACAAUACGCUCGAAGCGGUUCUCAGACCAAAGGAAAAGAAGAACAACAUGCUGAAGUCAUUGUUCAAGAAGAAGAAAGAAAAGGAGGAGGAGAGGGAACGGGUUGCCGUUCAGGCAUAG